CUAGACUACGAGUGCUACAAACCAACAGAUGACAGGAAGCUUGACACACAGUUUUCUGGGCAAGUGAUAAUGAGGAGUAAACAGCUUGGUCUUAACGAGUACAAGUUUCUGUUGAAAGCUAUUGUGAGCUCUGGAAUCGGGGAGCAAACCUAUGCUCCCAGGAUCAUGUUCAAAGGCCAAGAGGAAAACCCUACAUUACAAGAUUCAGUUUCUGAGAUGGAGGAGUUCUUUCAUGACAGCAUCGAAAAGCUCUUGGCCAGGUCAGGCAUUUCUCCUAGAGAAAUUGAUCUUCUUGUAGUUAAUGUCUCCAUGCUGUCUUCCGUGCCUUCUUUAGCCGCUAGGAUCAUAAAUCACUAUAAAUUAAGGGAAGAUGUUAAGGUUUUUAACCUCUCUGGUAUGGGUUGUAGUGCAAGCCUUAUAUCAGUUGACAUUGUCCAAAACGUUUUUAAGAGUUGCAAAAAUGUUUAUGCGCUUGCUGUCACCUCGGAGUCUUUAAGCCCUAAUUGGUACGCAGGGAAUGAUAGAUCGAUGAUUCUUGCAAAUUGUUUGUUCCGAUCUGGCGGGUGUGCCAUCCUUUUAACUAACAAAAGGGCCUUAAAGCACCGAGCCAUGUUCAAAUUGAAGUGCCUAGUUAGGACACACCAUGGGGCUAGAGACGAGUCAUAUGAGUGUUGUCUUCAAAGAGAAGACGAGCAAAGGCGCCUAGGGUUUCACCUAGGCAAGUCACUUCCAAAGGCCGCUACACGAGCUUUGGUCGACAACCUUAGAGAAAUAACCCCAAAGAUCUUGCCAGUAAGGGAGCUACUUAGAUUUAUGGUGGUGUCACUCGUACGGAAAUAUUGGAGCCAUAGAUCCGCAAAGGGAGUAGUCAGUCCUAAACCGGUGAUUAACUUCAAGACCGGUGUUGAUCACUUCUGCAUCCACACCGGUGGUAAGGCGGUGAUAGACGGGAUUGGCGUUAAUCUUGAUCUCACCGAGUAUGAUCUGGAGCCAGCAAGAAUGACAUUGCACAGGUUUGGCAACACAUCCGCUAGCAGUCUUUGGUAUGUUUUGGGAUACAUGGAGGCCAAAAAGAGGCUAAAGAGAGGCGAUAGGGUUCUGAUGAUGAGUUUUGGGGCGGGCUUUAAAUGCAACAGCUGCUUGUGGGAGGUGGUGAGAGACUUGGAUGCAGAUAACGCGUGGAAGGACUGCAUUGAUAGCUAUCCACCGAAGUCACUGGCCAAUCCAUUCAUGGAGAAGUAUGGGUGGAUAAACAAUGAAGAUCCAAGCACUUUCGUAAUGCCUUCUUAAGAAAAAG